UUCCCCGAGCCGGUGCCGGAGCCCGUGCUGGAGCAAUGGCGCUACGGCCAGGAGAGCGACUGGCAGUGGGGGCUGCGGCGCACCUUCAUCUGCCGCCACCUGCACAGCUACCCGGGGGCCGCCCUGGACCAGCUCCUCGCCCUCUCCGCCGCCUGGACCAACCACGUCUUCAUGGGCUGCAGGUAUAGCCCACAGCUGAUGGAAAAAAUUGUCCAGAUGGCUGAAGGUAUCGAUAUCGGGGUGAUGCCUUCAUAUGAGCUGGUGCUACCUGAUCCUCCCAAGGCUCCUAAACGACCCCUCUCUCCACUUGCAGGUCAGAAUCCUCCCAAGAGGCAAGCUUCCUCGCGGUUCCGUGGACGACCCCGUUUUGAGCCCGUCCACUUUGUCGCUAGUAGUAAUAAAGACGAAAGAAGGGAAGAUCCUUCAGACGCUCGGACAAAGGAGUUGAGCGAACCGGUCAACUCCGCCGACGUGUCGUCCGACAGCUAUCCGGAUUGCGUUCCCAACAACCUCGGUGGCCGAGAAGGGAACGCUCAGUAUCCGGAAGGGGAGUGUUCUUUCCCGGGGAACCGGCCGGCGACGACCUGCGUGUCGUCCGACAGCGCGGAGCUGGGUCAGCCUCCGUUGUCCGAAACCUUUCCGGAGGCGGUGGUGGCGGGGAAGCAGUACUUCAUCGAGAGACUUGCCGCGGCUGUCUGGAAAAGCCUUUCCAAUCCAGAGAUGAAUUCGGGGUCCGAUAAAAUCAACUAUACCUAUCUGUUAACGCGCUGCAUCCAGGCCUGCAAGACGAAUCCCGAAUACAUCUAUGCUUCCUUGAAAGAAAUCCCCCCGGCCGACAUCCCCAAAAACAAGAAACUUCUGACGGACGGGUACGCCUGCGAAGUCCGGUGCCAAAACGUCUACCUGACCACCGGCUACGCCGGCAGCAAAAACGGGUCGAGGGAUCGGGCCACCGAGCUGGCCGUCCGGCUCCUGCAGAAGCCCGUUGAAGUUCGGGUCAUCCAGCGCAGGUUCAAACGCACCUGUCGGGACGACCUGGUGGUGUGUCAGGUGGGCGUUUCUUCCUACGAUUUUCCUCCGGCCCUCAAAGCCCCCGAAGAGCUGGUGCCCGCCCGAGAUCUGUCCGGGCUGCCGAGCUCCAACUCGGCCCAGGGCUCCGGCUCGUCCAAACACUGGACUAAUUUCAUCCUCAUAGAAAACGCGAGCGACGCCAUAGGGAUCCUCAAUAAUUCCGCCUCGUUCAACAAGAUGUCGGUGGAGUACAAGUACGACCUGAUGCCGAACCGCACGUGGCGCUGCCGGGUGUACCUGCAGGACCACUGCUUGGCCGAAGGCUACGGGAGCAAGAAGACCAGCAAACACGCGGCUGCCGACGAAGCUCUGAAAAUCCUUCAGAAGACCCAGUCCAACAUCCCGACGGUGAAGAGCACCCAAGUCCAGACGGUGGCCUACUCGCCCAGGGGUUGCAGCAAGAAGAAGGAUCUGAAGGACCUCGUCGUGUACGAGAGCUCCUCGAAUCCGGUGUGCACGCUCAACGACACUGCCCAGUUCAACAAGAUGACGGUGGAGUACGUCUUCGAGAGGAUGACGGGUCUCCGGUGGAAGUGCAAGGUGAUCCUGGAGAACGAGUUCAUCGCCGAAGCGGUGGGGAUCAAGAAGAGCGUCAAACACGAAGCCGCGGAGGAGGCGGUGAAGGUCCUGAAGAAGACCCAGCCGACCGUCAUCAACAACCUGAAGAAGGGCACCGUCGAGGACGUGAUCUCCAGAAACGAGAUCCGGGGCCGCUCGGCCGACGAAGCCUACAAGCAGCAGAUCAAAGAGGACAACAUCGGGAAUCAGCUUUUGCGGAAGAUGGGCUGGACCGGCGGCGGUUUGGGCAAGUCCGGCGAAGGCAUCCGGGAGCCCAUCUCGGUCAAAGAGCAGCACAAGAGGGAAGGGCUGGGGCUCGACGUGGAGCGGGUCAAUAAGAUCGCCAAGAGGGACAUCGAACAGAUCAUCCGGAACUACGCCCGCUCGGACAGCCAUACCGAUUUGACUUUCUCCACCGAGCUGACCAACGACGAGAGGAAGCAGAUCCACCAGAUCGCCCAGAAGUACGGUCUGAAGAGUAAAUCCCACGGGAUCGGCCACGAUCGGUAUCUGGUGGUCGGGCGGAAGAGGCGUAAGGAAGACCUGCUCGAUCAGCUGAAACAAGAAGGCCAGGUCGGACACUAUGAGCUCGUCAUGCCCCAGGCCAAUUAAGGCCCAGAACUGCUGCUCCUUUUCCCUCACAAACACUUACUGGGACAGGUUGGUGAGAUCUAUGAAUUAAAGAGAGAAAUGCUGCAUUUUCUGGUUGCAGGAUAUAUUCAUUUGAAGAUGUUUCACUUUGCUCAUUUAAUUUCUAACGCUUGAUUAGGCCAAGUUGGAACGCGAGAAGUUCUGUCCCGUCGUACUAGCGUAAUCCCCGAAGACAAGAUAGUGCAGUUACUGUGUGUCUUUGAUAUUACUUGCCCCUUCAUAUUUUAAUAGUUUGUGAUAGCCAAAACACAUGACCAACUCGAAAGGAAUUCGAUGUCAUUUGAAAUAUGGUUCCCUCGUCUUUUGCCCCGGGAAAGGCAUUUGCCAUUUUUUUGAGCAGAGCGGUUUGACAAAAGAUAUAUAUGUAAAGUUGGUAUUAAUGACAAUAAAAGUUCAAUUUUAUUUCCAGAAA